GAACCUCUCUCUUCUCCGCCACCAACAAACGUCCACUCUCUCUCUAUACGCACGUACAUUAGAAUAGAGAUAUAGUGAGAAGGAACUCCUCGUGAAUAGAGAUGUACUCUCUCUCUCUCUCUCUAAAAAGUUCGAAUCGAAACCGAUAUUCGUGGCUGAAUCGUCGAACACAGUAGUGGACCGAGCAGCUCCGUCGUUCUCGCUUCCAGGUCCCCUCUCCGCCUCACCCACACCACAUGGUACACUAGGGUUUGAUUCACUGUUUUGAGAUCGAUCUGGUGUGGCCAUGGCUGGUACCGGCCACUUGAUCUCUGUUCAUCCCGAAGACCUCAAGUUCCAGUUUGAGCUGGAAAAACAAAGUUAUUGUGAUCUUAAAGUUGCAAACAACACAGAACAUUAUGUUGCCUUCAAGGUCAAAACUACUUCGCCAAAGAAAUACUUUGUACGACCAAACACUGGUGUCAUACAGCCAUGGGACUCGUCUGUCAUAAGAGUCACCCUUCAAGCUCAAAGAGAAUACCCUCCAGGUAUGCAAUGCAAGGAUAAAUUUCUUCUACAAAGCACAAUUGUGGCUCCAAAUUCUGAUGUUGAUGAGCUUCCUCAAGAUACUUUCAAUAAAGACAGUGGAAGAACAAUGGAGGAACGCAGGCUUAGGGUUGUCUAUCUUUCUCCUGAUGCAGCUGUUGGAAACUCGGAAGAUGAAGCAUCAAAGAGCUCCAAACAAAGUUUUGAUAACAGCUCCAUGCGCAGCUCCUCAAGCUCUGAUGAUAAUCAGGCUUUGCAGCGCCUCAAGGAAGAAAGGGAUACAGCUGUUCGACAAACACAACAACUGCAUCAAGAACUGGAAAUGCUGAAGAGACGAAACAGUCAGAAAAGUGACCCUGGCUUCUCCUUCACAUUUGCACUUUUCGUUGCACUCAUUGGAAUCAUGGUUGGCUUCCUUCUAAACCUUUCAUUGUCUUCACCAUCAACAGAAUAAUUUCACCUGCUUCACAGUUUUAGGAAACGAGUUUUCUAGUCUACUGUAUAAUUUCUUACGUUCACCAAGAGUGGAAUGCUUGCUUCUGUGUUCCUUUCCCUUUGUAAAUUGAGCAUUGUGUAGUUUUUGCUUGAUCAGUUGUUCAGAAUCAAUUUAUUGGACCAAUAUUUCAUUCGAAAUGCUAGAUUUUCCUUUGUCUAAUAAUCAAUAGCGUUUGUGUA